GUCAGGGAGGGCCGCCUCGGAAGGGCCGAUUCCUCAAGGCACGGCGCCGGCAGAGACUGGCAGCGGCAGCAGCUACAACAUGUUGAAAAGAGCCGCAAUAAAGAAGAGCAAAAAUGACCUGAUUCAUGCAGAAGAAGGUGAGGACCAUUUCACAGACAUUUGCUCCGUUGGGUCUCCCUUUGCCCGUGCCAGUUUGAAGAGUGGCAAGAACGAGAGCUCGUCCUACUUCAGGAGGAAGGAGAAGAUGUUCCGCUUCUUCAUCCGGCGCAUGGUGAAGGCUCAGAGCUUCUACUGGGUCGUGCUCUGCGUGGUGGCCCUCAACACCCUCUGUGUGGCCAUGGUGCACUAUGACCAGCCCGAGAAGCUGACCACUGCUCUCUAUUUCGCAGAGUUUGUGUUCCUGGGGCUGUUCCUCACUGAGAUGUCCCUGAAGAUGUAUGGGCUGGGGCCAAGGAAUUACUUCCACUCUUCAUUCAACUGCUUUGACUUUGGGGUGAUCGUGGGCAGUAUCUUUGAGGUGAUUUGGGCUGCAGUGAAGCCGGGAACCUCCUUUGGCAUCAGCGUCCUGCGCGCCCUGCGGCUGCUGAGGAUCUUCAAAGUGACCAAGUACUGGAAUUCCCUGAGGAAUCUGGUGGUCUCCUUGCUGAACUCCAUGAAGUCCAUCAUCAGUUUGCUUUUCCUGCUGUUCCUCUUCAUCGUGGUCUUUGCUCUGCUGGGGAUGCAGCUCUUCGGAGGGCAGUUCAAUUUCCAAGAUGAAACUCCAACCACGAAUUUCGAUACCUUCCCUGCUGCCAUCCUCACAGUCUUCCAGAUCCUGACGGGCGAGGACUGGAACGCUGUGAUGUACCACGGCAUAGAGUCGCAGGGCGGCGUCCAUUCUGGAAUGUUCUCCUCCAUCUACUUCAUCGUGCUCACCCUGUUUGGUAACUAUACCCUCCUGAACGUCUUCUUGGCCAUCGCUGUGGACAACCUGGCCAAUGCCCAGGAGCUGACCAAGGACGAGGAGGAGAUGGAGGAAGCCACCAACCAGAAGCUGGCCCUGCAGAAGGCCAAGGAGGUGGCUGAAGUGAGCCCCAUGUCAGCAGCCAACAUCUCCAUAGCUGCUUUUGUAAAGCAAACUCGAGGUACUGUAUCUCGCAGCUCGUCAGUCUCCAGCGUAAAUUCACCCAAGCAGCAGAAUUCCUCCAAAUCCAAGUCGGUCUGGGAGCAGAGGACGAGCCAGAUCCGGAUGCACAACUUCCGAGCCAGCUGCGAGGCGCUGUACAACGAGCUGGACCCCGAGGAGCGGGUCCGCUACGCCACCACGCUGCACAUCCGUCCCGACAUGAAAACCCACCUGGACCGGCCGCUGGUGGUGGAGCCCCGCGGCGAAGGCAGGAACAACAUCACCAAGCUGAGCCCCGUGGAUGUCCAGGAGGUGGUGGAGCACCCCAAACCCACCUCCGCUGAUGGGGCAGAAGCGCCGCGGAAGCACCACCGGCAUCGGGAGAAGGAGAAGCUGGCAGAGCAGGAGAAGGGAGACGUGACCAAGGACGAGAGCGGCGAAGCCGGGGCUGGCACCAAGGAGGAGCGGCACCGGCAGCACCGGAGCCGCAGCAAGGAGGUGGAAGGGGGCAGCAAGGAAGGGAAAAGCGACCGUAACAGGGGGCAGGAAGGGGGCAAGAGGCACCACCGGCGGGGCUCGGUGGAGGAAGGGGCCGAGAAGGAGCACCGCAGGCACCGCAGCCACCGGCACUCGUCCGACCGGCCGGGCAAGGAAGGCAACGGCACCGCCAACGGCGCCCGCGGCGAGCGGCGCUCCCGGCACCGCGGCGGGUCCCGCUCCGGGAACAGGGAUGGAGAGCCCGGGGCCAAGGGGGACAGCGGAGAGGAGCCCCACCGGCGGCACCGGCUCAGGAACAGGGCCCUGUCCACCUACGAGUCAGUGGAGAAGGACAGUGGGGAGAAGGAGGGGGAGGCUGGCGAGAAGGAGCACCGGAAUCACCAGCCCAAGGAGAACCAGUGUGAGCUGGAGGCCAGUGGCAGUGGCAGUGGCCCUGGCAAUGUCCCUGUGCACACCCUGCCCAGCACUUACCUGCAGAAGGUGCCCGAGCAGCCGGAGGAUGCCGACAACCAGAAAAACGUGACCAGGAUGAUUCAGCCCCCCCUGGACAAAACCACCACUGUGAACAUCCCUGUCACCAUCACUGCCCCUCCAGGGGAAACCACUGUCAUUCCAAUGAACAACGUGGAGUUUGAGAACAAAACAGAGGAGAAGAAAGACGUCGAUGACCUGACCAAAAAUGGGCCUAAACCAAUCCUGCCUUACAGCUCCAUGUUCAUCCUCAGCCCCACAAACCCGAUCCGCCGCCUGUUCCACUACAUUGUCAACCUGCGCUACUUCGAGAUGGUGAUCCUGAUCGUCAUCGCCCUCAGCAGCAUCGCCCUGGCUGCAGAGGACCCUGUCCAGGCUGAGUCUCCCAGGAACGACGCUCUGAAAUACCUGGAUUAUAUAUUUACAGGAGUCUUCACCUUUGAGAUGGUGAUAAAGAUGAUUGACUUGGGGCUGCUGCUCCACCCUGGCUCCUACUUCCGUGACCUGUGGAACAUCCUGGACUUCAUUGUGGUCAGUGGGGCCCUGGUGGCUUUUGCCUUCUCAGGAACCAAAGGCAAGGACAUCAACACCAUCAAGUCCCUGCGAGUCCUGCGUGUGCUCAGACCUCUGAAGACCAUAAAACGUCUGCCAAAACUAAAGGCUGUCUUUGACUGCGUGGUGAACUCCCUGAAGAACGUCCUCAAUAUCCUCAUUGUUUACAUGCUCUUCAUGUUCAUCUUCGCCGUCAUCGCCGUGCAGCUCUUCAAGGGCCGCUUCUUCUACUGCACGGACGAGUCCAAGGAGCUGGAGAAGGACUGCAGGGGUCAGUACCUCGAUUAUGAAAAAAAUGAGGUGGAGGCACAGCCCAGGGAAUGGAAAAAAUACGAGUUCCACUAUGACAACGUGCUCUGGGCUCUGCUCACACUCUUCACCGUGUCCACAGGGGAAGGGUGGCCAACUGUGCUGAAGCACUCAGUGGAUGCCACCUACGAGGAGCAGGGGCCCAGCCCUGGCUACAGGAUGGAAAUGUCCAUCUUUUACGUGGUGUAUUUUGUUGUCUUCCCUUUUUUCUUUGUCAACAUCUUUGUGGCGUUAAUCAUCAUCACCUUCCAGGAGCAAGGAGAUAAAGUGAUGUCAGAGUGCAGCCUCGAGAAAAACGAGAGGGCCUGCAUAGACUUUGCCAUAAGUGCCAAGCCCCUGACCCGCUACAUGCCUCAGAACAAGCAAUCCUUCCAGUACAAGAUGUGGAAAUUCGUGGUGUCCCCUCCCUUUGAGUACUUUAUCAUGGUCAUGAUUGCUCUCAACACCAUCGUCCUCAUGAUGAAGUUCUAUGAUGCUCCAGAAGCAUAUGAAGAAAUGCUGAAAUGCCUGAAUAUUGUGUUUACAUCCAUGUUUUCCAUGGAAUGUGUGCUGAAGAUCAUUGCCUUUGGUGUGCUGAAUUAUUUCCGAGAUGCCUGGAAUGUCUUUGAUUUUGUAACAGUGUUGGGAAGUAUUACUGAUAUUUUAGUAACAGAGAUUGCGGUGGUGGUGAAGACCAUGUGACUGUUUCUAACAAAUGCAUUUUUAUUUAACCUCCUUGGCACAAAAUAACACUCAACCCCCCAGGUUUUCCUCCCCAUACAA